AUGAAGUACGGAGAGUCACUUCAACGGACAUCUGUCCCUGGCUGGAGUCUACACAAUGUCGACUACAGAGAUAUCAAGGUCUUCAUCAAGGAACACACAACUCCCGGCGCGGGCAAGAGCAUCUCAAUACCAGGCCAUGUCGAUGCGAAGGCCCUUGACCUUGACGACGAACUUUUUGCCAUCCUUGACGAUCAACACAGCCGCAUCGAUCUCUUCGUUCGGAGUAAAGCUGGAGAGAUUCAACGCAGACUAGACCACUCGCAUCAACAACUCCGAGCGCUCGCUUCUCGUCGCGUUGCAGAAGGCCAGCGAAUCAACCUCAGCCGCACCCAGAAAUACAGCAAGCUCGAAAACGAUGUCGUCAAAGCUGGAGAGGAAAUCAAGUCUCUCGCACGCUUCACUGCUGCGCAACGGACGGGAUUUCGCAAAUUGUUGAAAAAAUACAAGAAAUGGAGUGGUUCAACUCGGGUUGAAGAGCGCUUCCGGGACGAGAUCUUGAGCAACCCCAAGAGCUUCACCAAGCUCGAUCUCGGCCCAAUGCUCGACGAAUACUCAAAACUGCGACCUGCUAUCCGCGCCAUGUACGAUGGCUCUGUUCGAUGGUCUGCGUCACCAGCGCCCUCAAGCCCGAUUCGAGACGUCUCACCCGCAUCCCGCCCGUCCAAUACGACGAUUUCGAAGUUGCAGGAUGCCAUUGCCUCUGAUUCGAAGAUAAUGUUUGACACAGCAAUUGCUACAGUCCCGCUCGGCGAGGAAGGCACAUUCGCCAGCUUCUUCGUCGACCCCGAGAACAUUGUUGAGCUGCAAGUCUUUCUCUUGCAACACGCCGAAUACUUCGGCCAUCGUAGCCGUUCCAAUUCCGUUGUAACUCCCAUUUCAGCCACACCAUCUCGCAAUGGUUCCGUCUCUGGCAACACCCGUGCCGACUUUCACAUGAUCGUAGCUGACAGCAUCGACCGCUUCGUCAAGGAGCAGAGCGCGUUGACGGUCGAUGACCGAGAACAUCGCGUGGGAUCCUACCCCCAGCGGACCAAAGCUUGCGUUCGAUGGAACGAGGAGGAAGAUGCCAUGGCGUGCCUUCGUCUGAAGUCGGGCAAGGCCAAGAGUGCUGCGCUCAAGCGUAAGCAUGCACGUGCUUUCUUUGAUCGCAAGGCCCUUUUCUCCGCCAAGCAGUCCGCCGCGGUAGAAGAGAGCGAUGAAGAAGUCAACAAUGUCCGUCAGGAGUUCGUCAAGGAUAACAACGUCCAGCCACUCUUCCACUUCUCCAGCUGUCGCUCGCGCCUCACCGGAAUCAACAGUGGCGCCCCGACCCUGUCCAUGGCAACGCUCGACACCAACAUUGUCAUGGAGAGCGUCGAAGCUGAGGGCGAAGCGAAGAAGAAGAUUAAUUUCCCCUAUGCCUUAUUGCUCGUCCGACAAGAAGGUGGACAUCCGUCGGCAUUGCUCGCAGCUCUGGAUAAUUGCCAUCUGAUCGAACGUGUCCGCGGCUUCUCACUCGAGCUACAUGCAGUCUGGGCUGUGCAUCAGCCAAAGAACAUGCCUCCACCGUUCUGGCUCCCAAUUCUCGAUCGUGACAUCCGUAAAUUACCACCUCCCGCUCUGCCACGACAACACAGCUUCGCCGGUUCGGGUUCGGGCUCAGGCUCCACUGCGGCUUCACGUAGUGGUCCCGAAUCUCGUGGAUCAUUCGCUGCGAUCACAGAUUCUACCACAGCUGUUGACACUGCGGUGGAUUCUCUCAUCAUCGAUACGUCCAUCCCAAUUCGAAGCUCUCGCAAGAAGCGACGCGGAGGCCAUCUAUCGGUCGCUCAUGAAGAGCAACAUCAACAGCAGCCAGCGCCUCAACGAUACUGGAACGAAUUUGACGACCCGGAAGAUGGUAAUCCUGAUGAUGCAAAUGCCUAUGUGAUCUACAUCGACCCCAACGCGCCAUCUCGUAUGGAGAGGCUUUUUGACAGCUGCUUUGAUCGCGUCGCCUCCUUCUUUGGCAUGAAGGCCGAGCGAGCGGAUGCCGGUCCCGCCAGCCCAGGUAAUGGCGACGAAGACCCGACCUCCUCCGAUGACGACGAAGACGAAGAAUCCGGCCUCCUUCACCCAUCCCCCAGACGCCCGGAACGUAAGAACAACAGCAGCACAUGGGGUACCUUUUCCUCAUCUGCCACUGCCACUUCGAGCAAUUCCACAUCCACCCGCCACACUGGCGCUACCACCACGACAACCAUCACCGGAUCCAGUCCGGCACUGCUCGCCCUCCGCUCCCAACGCGCCGCCUACUAUGCCAACCUCGUGCCCCGCUUUGCUGCCGCUUGCCUCGCCGCCGCUUACGGGAUGCUCCUGAUGGCCUACGUGCUCGCCUUCACCGGCCGCCACAAGUACGCACAUGCCGUCGACGCGGCCGUCAUCACCGCCGGAAUCUCCAGCGUGGCGUUUGCAGUCGUCGGCUUCUCCAGCGUAUUACGCGAGGGCGCUACCGCCAUAAGUCUUCCUGCCUGGGCGCUCUGUGUCGUGGCUUUGGUCGGCGAUGCGCUCGGUGCCGGAGGUCUUGUGGCGUGGAUGGCUAGAGCCGGGUGA